AUGUCGUGCCUAGCACACCUGGCCCUUUUCAGCAGGAUCGGGGGCAAGGACCUGACGCCCCCGACGCCACUGGACCUCGUCGUCGCCCGAAGGCCUCCCCAUCGCCGGACCACCCCACCGUCGCUGCUCGUCGCCAGGAGCUCCUUCGUCUCCGCCUCGCGUCCUCGUCCUCCUCCCCGCCGGCCUGCCUCCCCACCGCACGUCGUCUCCGACCUCUUCCCUGAGCACCGCUGCCCGAAUCCCUACGCCCCCUGUGAGCUCCUCCUCUCUCCCUCGCGCACGCGCUCACGGACGUGGCCUCCUUCCCGCGGCUCUGCUGUCGCCGUCGUGAUCCCGCUUGGCCCCUCGCGUUGUCCCGCCUGCACGCGCUCGCCCCGCACGCGCCUUGCCCGCACGCCGCCCGCGCGCCGCGACCUCCGCCCGCACCCGCGCCCGGAGCUCACUCCGCUGUGGCCUCGCCCCGCCCGGCGUGGCCCCGCGCACGCGCGGCCGAGCCCUGCCUCGCUCUGCCGCUGCGCUGGUCGCCCGCAGCUCGGCCGCGCCCGCGUCGCGCCCCUGCCCUCCUCCCUAGCCGGGCGCGUGUGCCGCCUCUGCCCCGCACCAGCCCGUCUCCUCUACCCGUCGUACGCGGUUGCUCGCCGCGCGGCGUCACCAGCCGCCGCCCGCGCUCGGAUCCGCCCCAGUCCGGCGCCCGCGCCCGACGCUGCCUUCCCGCCGGCGUCCCCCUCCGACGACCGGUCGGCCUCGCCGGCCUCAUUCGCCGCAGCGCCCGAGGGCGUGCGCCCGAUCGGGCCCCGCCCGCACCCGCUAUGGCCCCUGGGGCCAAUGACAUGUGGGGCCUAG